AACGUCUCAUAGAGCCCAGAUUGGCCAGUAAACUACUGAUCAUCCUGCCUCAAGUAUUGCCAUCUAGUUCAUGAAAGGGUUGAGUUAUUGACACGAGGAACUGGGGAUGGGCAGAGGUGCAUGACUGAGGCUAUCUCUGCUCAGUGGCAUGCCUUUGGGGACUGAUAGUUUUCAUCACUGAGAUGUCAUUUGACUGCAGUGCUCCUCUGGAGAGAAGGAGUCUCUUUUGCCAGGGCAUCAGACUCUCCAGACAGGCCUGGAAGGUGGAGGUCUAGAGGCCAGGCCUGCAUUCCUCUUCAGAUACUGCAUUUACCACUCUGGACAGUGCUAUAGCACAGGGUCACAUAUCCAGUUCUACCCUGAAACCUGCUGAUAAAGAAUGUCUAUCCUGGGACAAUGUCUAUCAUCAGUUCAAGAUGUGGCCCAACCAACUUAUUAUAAAGGAUGACAGUGUUUGGUUGAAAAAGGCAGUAACUUUCUAUGAACCAUAUAUUAAGUUUUUAUGUAUACUAAAAUUAACAAUGGAAAGAACAGUGGUAGGAGAGGAAGCUAGAGGACAACUGCUGAAAAUGCUUGCUUUUGAAAAUGCUAAUGAAGAGUACAGGAAAGCAUUAUUACCUAGAAAGGAAACUGGGGAUAUUAAUGCUUAUAUGAAGGCAUGGAAGAGGAUAUCUUUUCUGAAAAUGGAAAGAUGCAUAUUUGGCACGUAUUGAUCCAGAUAGAGUUAUUAAAUUAUACAUUGAAAUACUCUUGAAUAUCCUAUAGGUACUUUAGCUCAAGAUGAGUUGCCUUUAGAAUGGAUAUAUAUUAAAUUUAACUUUAACAAAACAUUAACAACAUAUGAGGAACAAAUUUCUUUAAUUAUUCAGCAAGGCAUACAAAGACCUGUUACACUGUGGGGAUAUGAUUGUGCUGCUUUUGUUUUCUCAUUAAGCAAAAAUAAAGUGGAAUAUUUAAUGCAGACGUCUGAAGUUUCUCAAUUAGCCAUGAUUUCUUACACUAGAAAUACCGAAUUUCAUUUUCCCCAUAGUAAAUUCUGGGAUUGCUUAAGAAAACAAAAAAAAUUGUGAUAAAUACACUAAUUUCUGUUGAUCCAUUACCAUCUGCCCUUACUGUGUUUACAGAUGGCUCUAAGACCAAACAUCUAAGACAGAUGGCUUAUUGGACCAAAGAUAAAUUUUGGGGACAAGAAUCUUCUUUUGGGUCAGUACAACAAAAUGAAGUAUUAGCAGUAAUUAAUGUAUUGCCGGAUUUUACUCAUGAUGUAAAAAUAUUAAAGCCGAGUCAGCUUAUGUUGUAGUAGUACAGAAUAUUGCGACUGCUGUUGUUUCUACAUCUAAGCCGAUAUUAAAUGUUAUUCUCACAUAUUAAAGGACUAUUGUUAUUCUGAAACUCUAGAAUAUUUAUUACAAAUAUUAGAUUACAUUCAAGAUUGCCAGCAUCUUUAACACAUGGCAAUCAUAUGGUAGAUCAAUUAGUGGCAUUUGCUACCCCAGAAGAAAACAGUCAUAAUCAUGCCAAUACAGGAUAUUUGCAUAUUAAAUAUAAGGUUCCCUAUUCUGAAGCCAAACAAAUUAUUGCUAAUUGUGGUAUUUGUGAGCCUUCACUUAUAAAAUGUAUUCCAUCUGAAAUUAAUCCCAGAAGAAUGCAACCUAAUACAUCGUGGCAGAUGGAUGGAACCCAUAUUUCUGAGUUUGGUCGCCUUUCAUAUAUACAUGUAAGCAUAGAUAAUUUUUCAAAGUUUGUAUGGGCUACACCAUUGCCAGGAGUGCGCACUGCUCAUGUUAUACAGCAUCUAUUGGAAACUUCUGCUGUUAUUGGACUGCCUUCUAAAAUUAAAACUGAUUAUGGACCAACAUAUAUUUCUUAACAAUUUUGUAGGCUCUUCCGGGAAAAUGGGGAAUCCUGCACGUGCUCCAGAGUUGCUGCAGCCAAGGACCCUGCGACUGCCCUGGACCCUGCUGGGGAACCCUGCCUGCGGGGCCAGCCUCAGCCCAUGCACAAUGUGCUCCCUGCCCCGCGGCUUCGAGCCCCCAGUUCCUGAGGACGUGGGGAGGCAGAGUUUGGCAGAGCUGCGGGAGAGGUUGAGGCGCCAGGAGAGACUUUUGCACAAAGAAAAAUUCAUUUGCAAAUUGCCCGACAAAGGUAAAAAGAUCUCAGACACCACUGCCAAACUGAGAGAUGCCAUUUCAGAAAGUGAAGAGGUCAGAGGGAGAACUGAACUACUUCAUCCUGUUAGUGUUGACUGUAAGCUAAGGCAUAAAGCAACCACAAGAGUUGAUACCGACAUAGACAAGGCCCAGAAUUCUGACCUGAUGCUUGAUACUUCAUCAUUAGUUCCUGAAUGUUCGUCAGUAGACAUUGAAUCAUCUAAAACAACCUCAGAAACUCAGGGACCUACACAGCUCACUCACAAAGGCAAUGAAGAGACUUUGGAGACUGGCUGCACAGUGAAUACCAGCCCGUCUGUCCGCAUCACAGCCCAGGCUCCCCCAUCUGAAGUUAAUGAACAUCUCCCCCAGCAUUCAAGUCAAGCGGAAGAGGUUUCCAGCAGCGUCGACAGUCUGUUUAUCACUAAAUUGCAAAAGAUCACAAUUGCAGACCAGACUGAACCCUCAGAAGAAAACACCAGCACUGAGAACUUUCCAGAACUGCAGAGUGAGACUCCUAAGAAGCCUCAUUACAUGACAGUGCUAAAAAUGCGAGCUAGAAACCCAGUGCCCCCUCCUCAUAAGUUUAAGACCAAUGUGUUAACCACACAACAGAGUGACUCACCAAGUCAUUGUCAGAGGGCUCAGUCUCCUGCUUCCUCAGAAGAGCAGCGACGCAGGGCUGGGCAGCAUCUUGAUGAUGUCACAGCAGCUCCCCUUCUUCUGCUCCACCACCUGCCUGCACAGCUGCUCUCCAUAGAAGAGUCGCUGGCUCUGCAGAAAGAGCAGAAGCAGAAUUAUGAGGAGAUGCGGUCAAAGCUCGCAGCACAGAAACUAGCCGAGAGACUGAAUAUUACAAUGCAGAGCUACAAUCCAGAAGGGGAGUCUUCAGGGAGAUACCGAGAAGUGAGGGAUGAAGAUGAUGCCCAGUCCUCGGACGAAUGCUGA